CGGAGGGAGUGGGAGAAAAGAAGGCCUCUGCCAUCCCGACUGCAAGCCCGUACGGGUGUCGCUCGGGCAUCAUGAGCUGGCCAGCCGAGGAAUGGAAGGUGGGCUUGCCAGCCCAGGCCCUGAGGGCGAUAGCUGAGGUGGAGCUGCGCCUUGAGCGCUUGCAGAAAGAGCGCCAGCAGAAACAGGUGCAGCUGGACACUCUGGAGGCCAUGAUGCACAAGCAGAGGAAAAAGCACGAAGAAGAGAGAGUCUCGUGGUCUCUCCUUUCUCAGCAGAACCGGAGCUUGUCGGAAGCCCGUGAGCAGACCGACCGUGCCCGCCAGCGUCUGGCCCAGGAACUGCAAGCCAAAGAAGCCCAGCUGAGCUGUCUUGAGGCUCAGCUAGUUCAGGCGACCCGCCGCCAAGCGGAACUUGAGGAAGAACUGCGUAGGUGUCAGUCAGAACUUGAAAGGCUGCAGUCAAGGUCCAAUGUGACUCUUCAGUCCUCUGGCUGGGGUUCCCUGACACCGUGGGCCGAAGGUGUUGGUGAGGUCAAAUCAGAGCCCAGCAGGACCUUUGCACUGGGAACGAGCAAGAUUCAACGCAGGGGCUCGCUGCUUGCAAGUUCCUGGGAGAACGAGGCUCCAGUGACCUUCAGGCCACAAGAGACCACUAGUCCGGGGGCCCCACCUGGGAGUCCUAUCGCUGUAAGGAAUGGCGAAGGGAUCCGGUCAGUGACAUCAGAAUUGGUAUCCGCAGCCGGGUGGCUGAAGAAGGACAACGAAGAACUGAAGCUCAGGCUUGCCAAAUCAGAGAAGCAGAAUCAAGAGAAGGAAAGGGAACUAUGGAGCCUGCAGAAGCAGCUGGAAGUGGUGGAGGCUGAGCUGGCUCAGUGGAAGAAGCAGCGAUGCAGCCAGGCUGAAGGCCUUUUGGGGACAGAAAGAAUGGCCCCUACUGGCAGCUACUAUAGCGUGAUCUCCUCCCGCUUGGAGCCACCAGCUGUGAAACGGGGCGCAGCCACCAAACUGAAAGGACCGAGUUACCAAUCCCAGAGCAAUGAGCGGGCCCAGGAAGAACUGCAGGCCCUUCGAGCGGAGGUUUUGAUGCUGCGGCGGCAUCUGGAUGCUUCUGAGAGCCCGUGCAAGUGCCAGCUUGAGACUUGCUGCCAGAGCCAGGAGGCCCGAGCCCAAGCAAAACAGUUGCCAUCUUGGGAGGCAUCACAGACGAAGGGCUCACCAGAGAUUGAUGGCAACCGCCAUGAUGGGUCCAGAGGUCAAGGGGAAGCCUCAAUGUCAGGAAUGGAUGAGCGGGGCAAAGGAGGGGCUGAGAUGGAAACCCAGCUGGAGGAAAAGGGAGAUGAAACAGAAGUAGAAAUGGUGGCCACAGCCUUGGAGCAGGCCCCAGGAGAGAUGCCCUCCUUAGCCGAAGAAGAGGACUGCACCACAACCCACACUUUGGCCAACGGAGAAGCCAACCAUGACAGGAAAAUUGCGCCAGAGGGAGAUGUGGAGGCCCUCCUUGAGGAGAUCCAGGCCUUAACCACAGGGAAAGCCGAAGCAGAGGCUCAAGCCAGCUUGGCCCGGCAGAAACUGCAGAGUCUCCAGGCCACUCUGGGGAAGCAGACGGAGCGGUUGGCCGAAGCCAUGGAGACACAAAGCUGUCAUGUGGAGAAGCUGCUGACUGAAUCUGAGGAGAAGGACCGGCUGGUGCAGAGACUAAACGAGGAGCUGGAAGAGAGCAAGAAGGCCUUGGGUUUAGCCACUGCUGAAUGCCAGCGGAUGAGGGCGCUGCUGAGGGGGCAUAGAGGAAGCGAGGCUACAGAAAUUCCUGUGGAAGAAGAAUCACAGGGCCAACACCGAAAAGACCAAGAAAAUACAGGACUGGCAGGGCCUCUGCAAGAAGAAAAAAUGGAACUAGAGAAACAACAGAAGGAAUCUGUCUUGCGUGACUUCCAGGAAAGCAAGGAUCUUCACAAAGGACUGGAAUGCCCAGAGGCCUGUCAAUGGGGGAAAGGAGAUGGCAGCAACACUGUAGACGUUCUUCAAGCUGCCCAGAAGAGGGAGCUCUGGUUGCAGGGGAGUCGCCAGGAUGCUCAGACUCAGACCGAGGGACCAUAUGGAGGUCUCCGGCACCGGGAGCUUGUUUCGGUGGCUUUCGACGACACUCAGUAUGAACCCUAUGGGCUUCCUGAAGUAGUCAUGAAGGGAUUUGCUGACAUUCCUCAGGGCCCUUCUUGUCCAUAUGUGCUCCGCCGAGGCAUUUUGGGAAGUGCCCCUAUAGCCCAGCUGGCCCCAAAAGCAGAGCCGGAGGAGGAUUUCCCUGAUUUGGAAGAAGGGACAGGAGUCUGAGAACAGCCAAUCAGACUCCACUCUGCGUCGGUGCCAGUCUGAUAUCGGGGCUUUUGCAUCUGCAGCGAUAUUUCUUCCCCGGCCACCACGGAUCAGUGGUCGCAGCAAAGUCUUGUUUCUUCACUGCCUCGUCCUUAUCUGGAGGGAGACGGACAAUACACUUUGGCUGCUGUCCCGUGAGCUGGCAACUCCAGUUCUCUGCAGGAGAGAUAUAUAGCUUCCUAAAAGGUGCUAGAUAGAAGCAGCCUGAGCAGAAGACAACGUUCCGUGCAUCCCCACCCCCUUCCUUCCUUAACUCUGCAAGGGGGUUGUUUUUAAACCAGGGAAACAACUUAGAGAGCAUCAGACCGAAAGGGGAGGGAGGAGGGGGGCAUUACCCCUCCCAGGUUUUGCUUCUGGUCCCUCACUGGAGGAGGCUAUCUUUCCAUAGUUGCUAUUGCUUCCCGAUGGCCAAUCAGAGGCCUCAUAGCAUGGUUUGCUUUUCUGCUGGUAACCAAUAGCUAAGAGGCUUGAACACGUGGCUGACUCCCCCACCCCAGCCCGCUUUUGUUUUUAUGAUAGCAAUAAACAACAAAUUCCAAAAGGA